AUGGCGGGUGCGACCCUGUGUGAGGAAAUAGAUGUGCGGGGUGAGAACCGUUACACGUUUGCUAAACAGCAAAGCAUCGAGGAUGGUUUCUUUCGAGGUAAGAACAAAUUUCCAUUCGAUGUACCAUAUACUUGUCUUGGAGCAUCCUCUGCUCAGUCAUUCCUGCAACACACUAAAUUCGCGGAGCCUCAACCACCGGUGACCAUGCAUGACAUCUGCUCUGCGGUUUCCAAAAAGGCUCGCGAAACAGUCAAGAGAACCCUUAAGGAAAAGCACAUUUCCCAGACUGAAAUGUGUGAUCGGGUUCAGUGGACGAUCGAGUGGUUGAAAAUGGUCUGCAUCACCGUGGUCCUUCCUGCUCUCUUCGUCUGCCUGAAAGAGGAGCAGAUGACUAAGAUAAUCAAAGGAAUAUCAACUGAAUUGACCAACGACCAACCGCAGAAGUCCACUAAGGUGGCAAGCCUGAUUGGAGAGUGCAUUUUUGUUACCAUGAUGCAAUGCCUGCGUAACAAAAUGUCCUACUUCAUGUCAGAAGCCAAAUGCUCUCUGGAAAACGUGAUGACUUCAGAACACAGCAUAGAGAUGAUUCUUAUGUUUAAGAAGGAUUUGAUCAACUGCGUCUACCUGGAACUUCUCGCUAAUGGCAUGGGCAAGAAUUUUCCUGUCGACGAUAUGGAAAACAACUCGCAGGCCCGACCUUUCAAAUUACGCUGGGAAUUUUUCAUGUCUGUGCUUCAUUACUUCUGUCAGUGGGCAUCAUGGCAUCACAUGGAGUCGUUCCUGGAGUUGCCACACACCCUUCAAGAUGAUUUAGGAGGCUCUAUGACGAAAGCGGAGAGGACAACUUUGAAUGUCCUCACCAAAAAAUUGACCGACACCGUUACCGACAUGAUAGGCGAAGCCACCGAACAUCCAUUCUGGGUGGCUGAGAUGAUGAAACAAGGUUCGGCAUCACUUACUAAUGAUGCUGACGUUGAGUCCAGUUGCUCUGAGGAGACUCCAGAUUCUGAGGUGUUCAGCCCAAGUACUAAAACCGAGACAACAGGUGGACCGGUACCAUAUAAUCCUCGUGGAGCAUCCACUGCCCAGUCAUUCAUGAAACACAAUAGAUUCACAGAGCCUCAGCCACCGGUGACCAUGGAUGACAUCUGCUCUGUGGUCCCCAAAAAGGCUUACAAAAGAAUCAAAACAUCCCUUAAAGAAAAGCACAUUUCCAAGACCGAAAUGUGUGAUAGGGUUCAGUGGACGAUAGAGUGGCUAAAAAUGGUCUGCAUCAAUAUCGUCCUACCUGCUGUCUUUGUCUGCCUGAAAGAAGAGCGCAUGACUAAGAACGCCAAAGGAGGACAGAUCUUCUACAAGUCCACUAAGGAGGCAAGCCUGAUUGGAGAGAGCAUUUUUGUCUCCGUGAUGCGGUGCUUGCGAAACAAAAUUUCCUCCAUCUUACCGGAAGCCAAAUGCUCUCUCCAAUCAGGCUUGCCUCCUUAG